AUUACACAAAGAUAGGCUCAUCGACGGAGAACGCGUACCGUGAAAUGCAUCAGUCCCAACACGCGUUUCUCCACUGGGUCAACGAGCUUGCGCCAACGGGCUUUGGCUUCAUCCGGUACUUUAAAGAGUAUGUCCUCGGCAGUUCUCUUUUCGACCCAGCCUAAACGAAUUGGGAUCUUCGGUAUGCUGUCUACCACUUUGCUCAACUUUGGCAUUGAGUACGUCGCGAGACGCAGUCAGGCCCGUCUGCGAAGCCUACUCUGGCAUACUUACAAUCAAAGCGCCGUAAUAGACAUGAGGGAAUGUACGUCUAUAUUCAUGCAAAGGCAGAUGCUCCGAUGGCAACUAAAUAGUAUGAAAACGUGUAAAAGAAGUCGUUGGUCUGAUUACCAUCGUGUCGACGUGUUCUCGACAUCCAUCUCGUCUCUCCCUUCUUGGAGGAGGGCAGCUACUUUAAGCUACCUGGAGAAAGAGGACCCGCAGGUAGUGUGCCUUUUAAGUUAGAAAAUCGCUUAUAUGGAGUGAAUAUGCAUUACACUCAACAGCAUCCAUUUCCGAGGCCGCCCCUAUAUUCUAAAGGCUACAGUAGUAGGCCAUAAGCUUGGACACGGGGACAUACCAUUGCACGGGUUCCACUCUUGCUCGCUCAGCGCCAACGUGAGGAGUAGCCCCACUAGCAGAUGUCCAGCCAGACAAAAGGGAGCCUACUUUCCACUGCUUCGACCUUUACAUCGUAUUUGGAGU